UGUUUCUUUUGUGAUGCACUGGAACAAAAGUUUUGAUUUUUGGGUAUUUCAUAUCCUGAAUUAAUAGAACACUUCUCCUUCUUAGGUCCUAACAUUUGGCUAGAGUAUGGCCAGUACUCAGUCGGUGGAAUUGGUCAGAAAGGUGGCCUUGAGAAAGUCCGCUCUGUGUUUGAAAGGGCGCUCUCGUCAGUUGGCUUACAUAUGACCAAAGGACUCGCCAUCUGGGAGGCUUACCGGGAGUUUGAAAGUGCCAUUGUGGAAGCUGCCCGGCUGGAGAAAGUCCACAGUCUCUUCCGGCGACAGCUGGCGAUCCCACUCUAUGAUAUGGAGGCCACAUUUGCAGAGUAUGAAGAGUGGUCAGAAGACCCAAUACCAGAGUCGGUGAUUCAGAACUAUAACAAAGCACUACAGCAGUUGGAGAGAUACAAACCCUAUGAAGAAGCACUGGUUAAGAAAUAGAACAUUGCCAGUACCUUAGAAGUCUCCUAUGUGCCCCUCUCCGAUUGCCUCCUCUUCCCUCUCCCGAGAGUUGCAAGCAGAGGCACCUAGGCUGGCUGAAUAUCAAGCGUACAUCGAUUUUGAGAUGAAAAUUGGUGACCCUGCUCGCGUGCAGUUGAUCUUCGAGCGUGCCCUGGUCGAGAACUGCCUUGUCCCAGACUUGUGGAUCCGCUACAGUCAGUACCUAGAUCGGCAGCUGAAAGUAAAGGAUUUGGUUUUAUCUGUACAUAAUCGUGCUGUUAGAAACUGCCCGUGGACAGUUGCCCUAUGGAGUCGUUACCUCUUGGCCAUGGAAAGACAUGGAGUUGACCAUCGAGUGAUUUCUGUGACCUUUGAGAAAGCUUUGAGUGCUGGCUUCAUUCAGGCCACUGAUUAUGUGGAGAUUUGGCAGGCGUACCUUGAUUACCUGAGGAGAAGGGUUGAUUUCAAACAAGACUCCAGUAAAGAGCUGGAAGAGCUGAGGUCUGCAUUCAGUCGCGCCUUGGAGUAUCUGAAACAGGAGGUCGAGGAGCGUUUCAAUGAGAGCGGAGAUCCAAGCUGUAUGAUCAUGCAGAACUGGGCUAGGAUCGAGGCUCGACUGUGCAAUAAUAUGCAGAAAGCUCGGGAACUCUGGGACAGCAUCAUGACCAAAGGGAAUGCCAAGUAUGCCAACAUGUGGCUCGAGUAUUACAACCUGGAAAGGGCACACGGUGACACCCAGCACUGUAGAAAGGCCCUGCACCGGGCUGUCCAGUGCACCAGCGACUACCCGGAGCACGUCUGUGAAGUGUUGCUCACCAUGGAGAGGACAGAAGGUACCCUAGAAGAUUGGGAUAUAGCUGUUCAGAAAACCGAAACUCGAUUAGCUCGUGUUAAUGAGCAGAGAAUUAAGGCUGCGGAGAAGGAAGCAGCCCUUGCUCAGCAAGAAGAAGAAAAGGCCGAACAGCGGAAGAGAGCGCGGGCCGAGAAGAAAGCAUUGAAAAAGAAGAAAAAGACCCGAGGCGCAGACAAGCGCAAAGCAGAAGAGGACGAUGAGAAGGAGUGGGGCGAUGAUGAAGAAGAGCAGCCUUCCAAACGCAGAAAGGUGGAGAACAGCACUCCUCCAGCCGGGGAAGCACAGGACCUAGAGGCAGAAACAGGACUCUUUGGGAAGAGUGCGCCUGUAGACGUUGACGCCCCCUCCAAGCAGAAGGAGAGGGCAGCUGCCCUCAAGAGGGACGUGCCCAAGGUGCCCCACGACAGCAGCAAGGACAGCAUCACCGUCUUCGUCAGCAACCUGCCCUACAGCAUGGGAGAGCCGGAUGUGAAGCUCCGGCCGCUCUUUGAGGCCUGUGGGGAGGUGGCAGAUAUCCGCCCCAUCUUCAGCAACCGGGGCGAUUUCCGAGGCUACUGCUAUGUGGAGUUUAAAGAGGAGAAGUCGGCCCUGCAGGCGCUGCAGUUGGACCGGAAGACUGUAGAAGGGAGGCCGAUGUUUGUUUCCCCCUGUGUGGAUAAGAGCAAAAAUCCCGAUUUCAAGGUGUUUAGGUACAGCACUGCCCUGGAGAAACACAAGCUGUUUGUAUCAGGCCUGCCUUUUUCCUGCACUAAAGAAGAACUAGAAGAGAUCUGUAAGGCUCAUGGCACUGUGAAGGACAUCAGGCUGGUUACCAACCGGGCAGGCAAACCGAAGGGCCUGGCCUAUGUGGAGUAUGAAAAUGAGUCCCAGGCAUCACAGGCUGUACUGAAGAUGGAUGGCAUGACUAUCAAAGACAAUGUCAUCAAAGUGGCCAUCAGCAAUCCCCCUCAGAGGAAGGUUCCAGAGAAGCCAGAGGCAAGGAAAGCUCCAGGUGGCGCCAUGGUGCCUCGGCAGAUUUACGGAGCGCGGGGGAAGGGGAGAACCCAGCUCUCGCUGCUGCCUCGUGCCCUGCAGCGCCCGAGUGAGACAGCCGUCCAGGCCGAGAACGGCCCUGCCCCACCGCCGGCGGUCACCGCCUCAGCAGCCACCGAGGCACCCAAGAUGUCCAAUGCUGAUUUUGCCAAGUUGCUUCUGAGAAAGUGAACGUGACUCCUUAGAGGGGAAAUGCCUUACUGCACACUGGCCAGGAAGAGCACCCGGCCCCCAGCUAUACUCUGGGUAUGGAAGGGCCCGGGGCAGCACCCCUCCUACGCAUUUUCCUCGGGGUUAGAAAGGGAUGAGGGUGUCCAAGGAAAGAGGCUUGAAGCACUCCCUCAUAUUGAGGGCAAUAGGAGGAAAAUGAUCACUCCAUGGGUUGGGCCCAGUGUGUAGUUUCUUAAGCUAUUUUUGUGUCUUACAGAGUGAGAAACGGAAGUGAAAUUCAAACACACCGUUUUGAGACCCACUUGUCCCAGUGUUUUCGGCCAUCUGACUCCCUUUUAUAAGACACUUCUCUUACAGCCUGCACAGCUCAUGUGCCCGUCACUCUUUUAAUUUUAAAAGACAAAAUGGCAGAUGCUAGUAAUUCACCAGAAUGGCCUAUUUUAGUAAAGGGGUGGUGGGGAUAGGGGAAAUCACAUAAAAAACAUUUGAUGGAUUUUUGUUCAAGGGGGGGGCUGUGCGUUUUUAUAUUAUGUAUUUGUAAAUCCCACAUCAAUCCAUUGUUUUAUGUUUCCUAAAAGCAAAAUAUUUGUGACCUUUGUUUUAUAUGGGAGUUCUGUGUGCCACCUGCUGUGGACCAUUUUCUUUGCCUAGUGAUUAGUGAACCGUGUUCUUUGUCUAAAUAUUGAGUUUCAGCCCUUUGGUUUUGUUUAAAUACCAUGUCAAGUACAAACUUAAAUUCUCCCCACUUAGCUUUGUUUAUUAAACUGAAGUUCUCUUCAAAACUUCUUGCUGAAUGGUAGUCAGAUGUGCAUUCAAACAUGGAUGUAUUUUGAAAAUGGGUGCACUUGUCUUACCUAACAGAUGUGUAAAUAGACCUUUUGUAAGUCAAA